CGCUGUUAUCGAUAAACCCGCCAAUCGUUUCUGGCAAAAAAGAAGCAUCGCGUUUUUUGGUGAAAAUUGACACAAAGUGUUUCGAAAGUUGGCACGGAAUUUGGAGAUCCCGACAGACGACAAGACGAGCCGGCACGGACUUCCAUCCAGACGAAUCCUCGCCAGAAUACCGGAAAAAGUCCAGACCAAGAGAUAUCCUCAUUUGCCGGUGGCCAAGAAAAACGCUCCUCCGCGUUUUGAACUUUCAAUUGAAAUUGGACCAGAAGUUCGCCACAAAUCCCAGAAAAGAUGAGUCGCAGGAGAGCCCAUGAUACGGAGGAUGAGGGAUAUGAUCACCGGCGCAACAAGCGCAGGAGGGUGUCGGAAAACCAGGAGAUCGAGGAUCGUCUGGAGUCCCUGAUCCUGCGAGUGGGUGAACGGAGCACCUCCUCCGUGGAGUCCAACCUGGAAGGACUCGUUUCGGUGCUGGAGGCCGAUCUGGGCACCUUUCGCCUGAAGAUCCUUCGCAUCCUAUCCGACUGCGCAGUGCGAAUGCCCGAAAAGUGCACCGUAUACACCACCCUAGUGGGUCUCCUCAACGCCAAGAACUACAAGUUUGGCGGCGAGUUCGUGGACCACAUGGUGAAGACGUUCAAGGAAUCCCUGAAACUGUGCCGCUGGGAUGCGGCUCGCUAUUCGCUGCGCUUCCUCGCAGAUCUGGUGAACUGCCACGUCAUUUCGGCCACCAGUUUGCUCCAGCUGCUGGACACCAUGAUCGAUGUCUCCAAUGAGGACACAGUGCCGCAGGUGCGCCGCGACUGGUUCGUCUUCGCCGUGCUGUCCACGUUGCCCUGGGUGGGUCGUGAUCUCUACGAGAAGAAGGAGUCUGCUCUCGAGUCGCUGCUGCUCCGGAUCGAGGUCUACCUGAACAAACGCUCCAAGAAGCACCAUAAUGCGCUGAGGGUGUGGUCCUCGGAUGCGCCACAUCCGCAGGAGGAGUACCUGGACUGCCUGUGGGCGCAGAUACGCAAGCUGCGACAGGACAACUGGGCGGAGAAGCAUAUACCACGACCCUACCUGGUCUUCGAUUCCAUCCUUUGCGAGGCGCUUCAGCACAAUCUACCGGCGAUUGUGCCGCCACCGCACCAUGAUAACUUUGAGUACCCCAUGCCCUGGGUGGUGUACCGCAUGUUCGACUACACCGACUGCCCGGAUGGGCCCAAUCUCCCGGGUGCCCAUUCCAUUGAGCGCUUCUUGAUAGAGGAGCAUCUGCACCAUAUUAUCGAGACGUACCACCACGAGCGCAAGGACUGCGCCGCCCAGCUGCUCAGCUUCCCGUUUAAGCACAAGAUCCCCCUGGAGUACUGCAUCGUCGAAGUGAUCUUCGCCGAGCUGUUCCACAUGCCCACGCCGCGCUACCUGGACAUCUGCUACGGCUCCAUCCUGAUCGAACUGUGCAAGCUGCAGCCGGCCACGCUGCCCCAGGUGCUGGCCCAGGCCACCGAGAUCCUGUUCAUGCGCAUCGACUCGAUGAACACAUCCUGCUUCGACCGGUUCGUCAAUUGGUUCUCCUACCAUCUGAGCAACUUCAAGUUCACGUGGUCCUGGGACGAGUGGGACAGCUGCUUGCUCCUCGACGGCGAGCAUCCGCGGCCCAAGUUCAUCCAGGAGGUGCUGCAGAAGUGCCUGCGCCUUUCGUAUCACCAGCGCAUUACGGAGAUGAUGCCCACAACGUACGCCAAACUGAUUCCCAUGACGCCCGUGCCGAACUACAAGUACGCCAACGAGGAGGCAGCAAGUCUGCCGGGGACAACGGUGGCCCAUCAGCUGGUGGUGGCCAUCCGGCAGAAGUGCACGCCCGAGGAGGUGGUCAACAUCCUGAAGGACAUCCCGAGCAGCAGCUACAGCGGCGAGGAGAUGUCCGAUGGCAGCUUCAAUGCCCUCAAGAUCGAUGUGUUUGUCCAGACGCUGCUCAAUUUGGGCUCCAAGUCGUUCUCGCACAGCUUUGCGGCCAUCUCCAAGUUCCACUCGGUGUUUCGUGCCCUGGCCGAAACGGAGGAGGCGCAGAUCUGCAUCCUGCACAACAUCUUCGAGCUGUGGUCCUCGCACCAGCAGAUGAUGGUGGUCCUAAUCGACAAGCUGCUCAAGCUGCAGAUCGUCGACUGUUCGGCGGUGGCCACGUGGAUCUUCUCGAAGGAGAUGACCGGCGAGUUCACCAAAAUGUAUCUCUGGGAAAUCCUCCACUUGACCAUCAAGAAGAUGAACAAGCAUGUGAUCAAGCUGAAUUCGGAAUUAAGCGAGGCCAAGGAAAAGCUUGCGAAGGCGGACUCGUCGUCCAGCGAUUCGGAGGAUGAUUCCUCGCAUAAACGGAAGAAGCCCAUCACACAUGCCGACAAACCUUCUGAGGAGGUUGUUGAACGCAUGGAGGAGAAAUUGGAGGCGGCGAAUGUGAACCAAAAGCGUCUGUUCCUGAUCGUCUUCCAGAGAUUCAUCAUGAUUCUCUCGGAGCACCUGCUGCGCUCCGACACGGACGGUCGGGAUCCGGACACAGAUUGGUAUCGGUGGACCAUUGGUCGACUGCAGCAGGUCUUCCUCAUGCAUCAUGAACAAGUUCAGAAGUACAGCAGCACACUGGAAACGCUGCUUUUCACAUCCGACCUGGACACCCACAUAUUGGAGGUGUUCCAACAGUUUGUGGCCCUGCGUGCCUAAAGGAGCAGCCGGAAAAGCUGAUCCCGAAUUUUCGAUCCCCAAUUCCCAUUUCCCACUUACCACCCACCCAAUCGUUUUUCCACUCGCUGUUGAGUUGAGUAUUUUUGUAACCCCUACUUUUAUGAUCUGAUGAAUUUGUAAAGUUCGCCUUGAUAAGUCGAACUGAAGGCCUGUUUUCCCGAUAACAUAAUUUUGGUCAAUUAGCUGACCUUAUCCACAUACCCUACUAUCAUAAAUACUUUGUGCUGGAGAUACUUUUUUAAUUUUUGUAAACGACGCUAAGAGUUAACAACAAGGAAAAGAAUAAAGUCGAAUAGAGAAGUUCUUUACAAAAGAUAAAGAUCAAAAUGGAAA